AUGGCUGAUGAUAACACCAAAGUUGCUCUCGCUACCAUCGAAGCCUCUCGCCUCUCGAUAGAUUUGAAGGACAAGUGCAUAGACAUCCUCAAGAAGUCAAAGGAUGAAGCAAUAUACAUCAUCAAUGCCUACGGCCCAGCUGAUGCUCGUACUCCUGAUCGCCUUGACAAAUACCUCAAUAAGAUGAUCACGGAUGCCGAGAAUGCACAUCCAACAACACAAGGUAUGGUCUUCGAUACCACGCCUUCCAAUCAGUGGACGAAUACUCAAGUGAUUGAAUGGCUCGACCAAUAUGCUGGUGCUAUGUUGUCAACAAUGAACAAGGAGACCUUCAAAGAGAAGUCCAAGUCUGGCAGUGAAUUAUACGACAAUCUUCAAUCGUACAAGGCCCCUGCACCUCCAUCACAAGAGGAAAAGAUUGAUCGAGCGUUAUUUCUUUUGGAAAAGAUGUCAAAAUCAUCAAAGGCUUCCUACUCCAUGUCCAAGAUAUCAGGAGUCAAGUGGACAGAGAUUUCAGACUCUGCAAGGUUGAAGCUCAGAGAUUCCAAGAUCACAGUGAAGGUGAAGAAAGGUGCAACCGCAGUCAACUAUCAGUGGUUGAAAGGCGUUGGCGAAACACAACAUAUCGAGUUCGACGAAGAAGCUGCCGUGGAUAAUGACGAAGAGGAAGAGCAAUUGAGCGUCAUGGAAUGGCUAGAAAGACACAUUCCAAUCGACCAAAAACACUUUGCCUAUCACAAUGUGAGCAACGAUCGAUCUUUUUUGUUGGUUUCCAGCUAUGCAGACUGCCUACCUUUCUCUCUCAAGGGAACAACAGAUAUCAUCAUUGCGCCUCCACAACGCCAUCGUGCUCUUCUCAAAUCUCAGAUAUAUGUGUGCAUCGAACUCAAAAAGCCAGAGAACCUCGUGGACAACAGCUUCUAUCAAGGAUGGGCUCAACUCAUUGCAGCGUCAAUUCACACUACGUCUCAUCCCGUCAUUCAUUUGCUUACCGAUCUCAACGAAGCAUGGUACUUCUCAUGGUGGAGUCACCCACUAGAAUUGUCGCAUGCUUCUCUCAACAAUGCUCAAGCCAGAUCAUUCAUUCAAGAGUAUCUUGGUGAAUUCAAAUCUGGAUGGCUCGGUGGUGAUUACAGCAACAAUACUGGAUUCAAAGUUUGUGACGUCCAACCGAAACUCUUCACCUUUUCCUCAGUCAAUCCUUCUCCAAAGGAUGACAUUGCUUCAUUUGAAGACUUGGAUGAUGAUGACCGUCGUGAAGCUUUUGGCCUUCGAGCGCUCCAGCUUCUCCACACUCGAUACAGAAUGGACCACGAGGAUACCCAUUCACAGAGUUAUUUCAGUUAG